UUUAGACAGACCAGGAGCAGCAACUGCAUGUAGCUUUAAGCUAACGCUAGCUAUAACAACAAUAUUUACCCCUAUUAGGGGCUUUUAUCCGUCACUGGUUUGCUAGCUUUGUCGAGGUUGGCUUACUGGCCAAACAUGCAGAAAUAUGAGAAGCUUGAAAAAAUCGGAGAGGGUACGUAUGGAACAGUUUUUAAGGCUAAAAACAGAGAAACCCACGAAAUCGUGGCUUUGAAAAGGGUCAGGUUGGACGACGACGACGAGGGGGUGCCAAGUUCUGCUCUGAGGGAAAUCUGUCUGCUGAAGGAACUUAAGCAUAAAAACAUUGUCAGACUACAUGAUGUGUUGCACAGUGACAAGAAGUUAACCUUGGUUUUUGAAUAUUGUGAUCAGGAUUUGAAGAAGUAUUUUGACAGCUGCAAUGGGGAUCUAGAUCCUGAAACUGUGAAGUCAUUCAUGUACCAGCUGUUGAAAGGCCUCGCCUUCUGUCACAGUCGAAACGUUCUUCAUCGAGAUCUGAAGCCGCAGAAUCUCCUCAUAAACAGAAAUGGGGAGUUGAAGCUGGCUGACUUUGGGUUGGCUCGAGCCUUUGGCAUUCCUGUGAGGUGUUACUCAGCCGAGGUGGUGACUUUGUGGUACCGGCCUCCUGAUGUGCUCUUUGGUGCUAAACUUUAUUCUACCUCAAUUGACAUGUGGUCUGCAGGAUGCAUAUUUGCAGAGCUGGCUAAUGCUGGAAGGCCAUUAUUCCCCGGAAACGAUGUGGACGACCAGUUGAAAAGAAUCUUCAGAUUGUUGGGUACACCAACUGAAGAACAGUGGCAAACAAUGACGAAACUCCCCGAUUACAAGCCAUAUCCCAUGUAUCCGGCUACCACCUCGCUGGUGAAUGUGGUGCCCAAACUCAGUAGCACAGGACGGGAUCUACUCCAGAACCUGCUAAAAUGUAACCCUGUCCAGAGGAUCUCUGCAGAGGAGGCCUUGCAGCACCCGUACUUUGCUGAUUUCUGCCCACCCUAAAAGCUAAACGGCCACUCGCUGAACCUCAGCCACCAGAAUCAAUCAUCCUUCACUCUGCUCGGUCAUUAGGACCAACACGGCAAAUCCCUCUCCGGUCUCUAACACUCCCCUGCAUUUCAUUCUGUUGUGCCUCUGGAACGACGGCCUGGUGGCUCUGCAAGGAUUAAGGUUGUUUUAAAUUGCAAGCCUGUUUAAUUUUUUAUAUAAAUGCCUCCCAGUAAAUUAGCGCUAAUGUGGGAGGAUGCACCAUGUUGCAUUAAAUACUUUUUAUAACUGUGGAAAUGCUUUAGAACAAAAGCCCCUCCGCUCAAAAAGACCGAUACAAUUAACAUGCUGUUCAUUUCUGACUUUUAACAAGUUGUUUAUGGAUGGAAUAAGGCCCUUUGACUCUGUGGUCACAUUUGGUAAAUUAAUUCAGAUUUUAAUUGAAAAGUGCUGACGCAUUAGUUGACCAAACAGCCUCUCUGAGAUAUGCCAUUGCAAACUAAACCUUUUCUUAAUGAUCUAAAAUAUUUCUUUGGCAUUUCUAUCCUGCAGUGACUUUUUGUAUUAGCCGCAAUACAAAGGCUGGUGCUGGCAUAUCGGUAAAAGUUUAAAUCUGCUGAUGUAUUGGCUCUAGUAGAGACCACAGAUCCUGGGGCGGCUAAAUGCUACUUUUUCCAAUUCAUUCGUAUUUUUUUAGAAUGACAAGGGAGAGAUUCAUUUGAAAAUGAUGAAGGCUUAAGUCAAUGUUUUUAAGGAUUGUUUGUUAUUUUUAUUUCACUUUCAUUUACACGUCUGUAAUUCCAAAAUUAUUUCCAGGAAAUGUUUCUUGUUUGAAAUACUGUAUGUGAUUUGGUACUAAUUUAAUGCUAUGAAAGAAAUACUUUAAUUAAACCUGAGAAUUAUUUUAUAUAAUUAUUCACUUAUGGUGUACACUCAUUCGACUACAUUGACUAAAUUGUAUAUUUUUCUGUACAGACUUUUCAAAAUGUUGCAUGUUUGCUUCGUAGGUAACAUAAGCUAUUAUUUUCUUUGUAAUUAGUACCAAAAACAUACUUAUUUCCUGGAAACUUCCUAUGAAAUGAUUAGGAAAUAACAAACCUGUAUGAUAUAGUGUUAUAUAUUUUUUUCGUGACAGAAAACAGACUUGUAAUUCGGAGGUUUCACAUACCAACAGUACAUUUCGUCAUCCCACUACCUAGUUACAAGAUUGUAUAAUAGCAUGGAAAGCUAAUUUAUUAUUUUAACUUUCUCAGGCUUUUUAUUUCCCCUUUUGUAUUUCUUUUCUGCACUUUGUAAGUUUUAUUUGAAAUCGUUUAGUAUAUAUAAAUAUUAUUAAAUAUGUUGAACACUGACAGCCAGGAUUAUAGCCGGUUAUCAAUAAAAGGGCCAAUAUACAUAAUUUCAUGAUAAUGACUAGUGGACCAUUAGUGACACGUUACUUUUUUUACAUCAUAAUUAUACUAACAUCUUUUAGCUCUUCUGAAAUGCUUCUGUAGUUAAAUUAGAGAAUCCAGGUAAUCCACUGAUAAUCUGUGUUUUCAUAUAAUGAUUGUUUUGCACCAUUAGCUGUUUCUGGUUAUUCAUUGUAUCAACAUGGUUUAACAGCUUGCAGUGUUAUUUUACUCCAGAUCGUUACAGCGCUACUUAUCCCAUAAAUACGCCUACAUAAUGAUUUUGUUUGAAGUAGCUGUUCUAAUAGGGAAAUAACUUAUUUCCAUUUUGCUGAUGUAAGAAGAUAAUGGAUGCAUGUAUUUAUUAAUGAUGGAAUGUCUGCCCAUUUGUUUUGCAUUCGUUAAAAGAGGUAGCACAAGUUCAUUUGGUACAGAAACUCCUUCAUAUUGAUUCAAUGUAACUCAGAUCUUUAGUCAGCUCUUUUAGGAUUUAAAGGUUGUGUGUGUGUGCAUUAAGUUUAAUGAAAGAAAACAAAAGCAUUUCCUCUCAGUAUUUCAUUCUCUAGUGAUAACAAACUGCUUCAGAGUUACUUUGUACAGCUUCUAUUUAAGAUUUGAAUGAAGAGGUGUUUUGCACUUU